GAUCUGCUAUAGCAAAAAAACAGUCAGGCUGCAAGCCCUUCUUUGGUGCAUUGAAACUAGAUGAACUUAAAAAAAUGGUUACACAGGAUACUAAACACCAUCGUUUAAGCACCCAAGAAAUUAAAGAUUUAUGGAAUAAAGAAAAAAAUCAAUCAGUUUCUAUUGUUACAAUCUGUUAUGCCUUAAAAAAAGCUGGACUUCGUUUAUGUGUUAUUGAAAUCACAAAUGGCAUAACAUUGUUUGAGUUUGAUGAAUCGUGUCUUGUUCCUACUGUGGGUCAAAGCCCUGGUCUUAUGUUCUGGACUUGCUUUUUAUUGCAUGGAUUAGGACCGAUAGUCCCUAUCUAUGGCAAAGUAAAUGAUGAAGUUUAUGUUAAACUUAUAAGAAAACAUGUUCUUCAUGCUCAAGAAGUUGAAAGAUGUUUGCAAAAUUCUCCAGAUAAGCCUACAAGUAUUGAUGACUUAGAAAAAAAAGUCAUAGCAGCUUGGUAUUCAAUUCCAUGCAAAUUUUAUUGUGGAUUGAUGAAUAGUGUAGUUCAUUGA